UUUUUUUUUUUUCUUCUUCUUCUUCUUCUUCUUCUUCCUCUCCCAUCUCCAUCUCCAUCUCCAUCUCCACUCAUCCCUUUUCCUCUCUCUCUUUUUCCUUCUUCUCCAUCUCCUUCGUCUCUUUCUAUCUUUUCCUUGUCCAGUUCUUGCCGCGAUAGACAAAAACAAAAAGUCCCUUCAUAGACGGUUUUCCCAUCUCGUUGGUCUCUCCCGCGUUCGCGAGACGCCCUCUUUUCUUUUUUUUUUUUUUUUUUUUGUAGGACACUUUUCCGUCCCGCACACAACACGCUCAAAAGAAAAGAGAAGAAGAGAAUCUUUAAUAAAUACCCCCUUCGCUGUUUCUAUACACUCAAAACUUCCAAAAGUCUUGUUAAUUUUAUACCUUCAAAAUGCCUGCUGUCGACGUUGCCACUCCUGUCCCCGUCGUCACAGACUCCUCCAAAUCCAUGAGUGUCCUCGAGGAACUCGUCAAAACCCUCUCCCUCACCAAGACCGCAGAUGAGGCCAAAGCCGCUGCUAACAACAUUGCUACCCUUCUAAACGGCCCUGUCGAAGAGCAGGUUCUCCCGGCCAAGGCUGUCGAACUGCUGAAGAAGCAGCUCUCAAACAAGAAGGAUGUCAGUGCUCGUGAGCGUGCCCUCGAUGCCAUUCUCGCCAUCGCCCUCCACUCGUCCGUUACGCCAGCUUUCGAGCCAUACCUGGCCUGUCUGCUGGCUCCCACUCUCGCCGCUGUCGGCGAUAAGAUGGUUUCGGUGAAGAAACUUGCACAAGCCGCUGCCGUUGCCCUUGUCAAGGCCAUCAACCCAAACUCCGUCAAGGCUGUUCUCCCUUCCAUCAUCAAAUCCAUUCUCUCCGCCCAAAAAUGGACGGAGAAGAUGACCGGCCUCCAGUGCGUUGAGGCCCUCGUCGAGACCUCUCCAGCUCAGCUCGCCUACCGGGUCCCAGAUUUGAUUCCCGUUGUUUCGGAAUCCAUGUGGGAUACCAAACCAGAAGUCAAGAAAUACGCCUACAGCAUCAUGGAGAAAGUCUGUGGCUUGAUCGUCAACAAGGAUAUCGAACGCUUCAUUCCCGAGCUGAUCAAGUGUAUCGCCAAACCUGAGAAUGUCCCCGAGACUGUUCACUUGCUCGGUGCUACCACCUUCGUCACUGACGUCUAUGAGCCCACCUUGGCCAUCAUGGUUCCCCUGCUUGACCGUGGUCUUGCUGAGCGUGAGACCGCCAUCAAGCGAAAGUCUGCCGUCAUCGUCGACAACAUGUGUAAGCUCGUCGAAGAUCCUCAGAUCGUCGCCGCUUUCUUGCCAAAACUCAUGCCUGCACUCGAGAAGAACUACGAAAACCUGGCUGAUCCCGAGGCCCGUGAGAAGACCAAGCAAGGUCUCGACACCCUCAUCCGUGUUGGUGAUGUAAAGGAUGGCAAGAUCCCCGAGGUGUCCAAGGCUGGUGAUGUCGAGACUGUCACCGCCAUCCUCAAGGAUAUUCUCCAAGCCAAACACAAGGACCAGAUCGCCACCUCCGAGGCUACCAUCACAUACAUUGCUGCCAUUGCCGGCCAGCUCAUCGACGAGAAGGUCGUCGACGUGCCCUCGUGGACCGAGAACACCCUGCCUUACAUCACCGCUAUUACUGGUGAAGCUGACGCCAGAGAAGUCGCCGAAACUCUCCGCCUGCGUGCUUCUCCCGGCGCUGCGGAAGAGGCCGCGGUUGAGCCCGACGAAGAGGAGGGCGAAGAUCUUUGCAACUGCACAUUCAACUUGGCCUACGGUGCUAAGAUCCUGCUUAACCAGACCCACCUGCGCCUCAAGCGUGGCCAACGAUAUGGUCUUCUCGGCCCCAACGGUUCCGGUAAAUCCACCCUCAUGCGCGCCAUCAACAACGAGCAGGUCGAAGGUUUCCCCAAGAAGGAUGAAGUCAAGACUGUCUUCGUCGAGCACGACCUCGACGCUGCUGAUACUGAGCAGACUGUUAUUGGCUGGACUCAGAAGAAACUGGCCGAUGUUGGUGUUGAGAUCCCUCUCAAGGCUAUUGAGGACCGUCUCCUCGAGUUCGGUUUCCUCCGCGAACAAUUCGAAGGCCCCAUCACCUCUCUGUCCGGUGGAUGGAAGAUGAAGCUUGCUCUUGCCCGUGCUGUCUUCGAAGACCCUGAUAUCCUCCUGCUCGACGAGCCCACCAACCAUCUUGACGUCAAGAACGUUCAGUGGCUCGAGAACUACCUCAUCAACUCUCCCUGCACUUCCAUUAUCGUUUCCCACGAUAGCAAGUUCUUGAAUAACGUCGUCCAACACGUUAUCCACUACGAACGCUUCAAGCUCCGCAGAUACCGUGGCAACCUGACUGAGUUCGCCAAGCGCUGCCCAUCUGCCCGCUCUUACUUCGAGCUCGGGGCUUCGGAAAUGGAAUUCAAGUUCCCAGAACCAGGUUUCCUCGAGGGCGUCAAGACCAAGGCCAAGGCUAUUGUCCGUGUCAACAACAUGUCGUUCCAAUAUCCCGGUACCUCCAAGCCCCAGAUCGCAGACAUCUCCUUCCAGUGUUCGCUCGGUUCGCGUAUUGCCGUCAUUGGCCCCAACGGUGCUGGUAAGAGUACUCUCGUCAACGUCUUGACCGGUGAACUUAUCCCAACCACCGGUGAUAUCUACCACCACGAGAACAUCCGUAUCGCCUACAUCAAGCAACACGCCUUCGCCCAUAUCGACAACCACCUCGACAAAACCCCAUCUGAAUACAUCCAAUGGCGUUUCCAGACUGGCGAGGAUCGCGAAACUAUGGACCGUGCCAACAAGAUCGUCACUGAGGAAGACGAGAAGGCCAUGGACAAGAUCUACAACAUUGAAGGCAGCCAACGCCGCGUCAUCGGCAUCCACUCCCGUCGCAAGUUCAAGAACUCCUACGAGUACGAGUGCUCCUUCGCCCUUGGUGAAAACGUCGGCAUGAAGAACGAGAAAUGGACACCCAUGAUGACUGCUGACAACGCCUGGAUUCCACGUAACGAGAUUCUCGCUACCCACGCCAAGAUGGUCGCGGAGGUUGACCAAAAGGAGGCCCUGGCCAGCGGUCAAUUCCGCCCCCUCGUCCGCAAGGAGAUCGAACAGCACUGCUCCUUCUUCGGCCUCGAUGCGGAGUUGGUCUCUCACUCGCGCAUGCGCGGUCUCUCCGGCGGUCAGCGUGUCAAGGUCGUGCUUGCUGCUUGCUCAUGGCAACGUCCUCACUUGAUCGUCCUCGACGAGCCCACCAACUAUCUCGACCGUGACUCGCUCGGUGCGCUCUCCAAGGCCCUCAAGGCCUUCGAGGGAGGUGUCAUCAUCAUCACUCACUCCUCGGAAUUCACUGAGGGACUCACAUCUGAGGUCUGGUCCGUGUUGAAAUCCGAAUCGGACGGCAUCGGCCGUAUGCAGCCGUCCGGCCACAACUGGGUCCAGGGCCAGGGUUCCGGCCCCCGCCUGACUGAGAAGGACGACGAUGAGGAGAAGUUCGAUGCUAUGGGCAACAAAGUUGAAUCGUCAAAGAAAGCCAAGAAGCUCUCUGCAUCCGAGUUGCGGAAGAAGCGCAAGGAUCGCAUGGCCCGACGCAAGAGGGGUGAGGAGGUCUUCAGCGAUGAGGAUAUGUAAAUGAGAAUAGAUCUCGUUGUGGUUUUGAAUUCCCUUUUUUUUUUUUUUUUUGUUCUUUUUCCUUUUUCCCCAACUUGGAGGGAAUUUAAUGAUCUAAUUUUCUGUUCAUAUGAUUGGUUUCUGUUUUAAUUUUCAUUUUUAAUGGGUGUUUAAUAUGGUCUAAAGAAAUGUUUUGCGUUUCGUUUUUGCUGUUCUGUUGCUCUUCUCCUAUUCUUGUUUCUUCUCGAAGCAUCAUUAUUUUUUUUCUCUCUCUUUUUUCUCUCUUUUUCCAUAUCAUCUCUUUCUUCUUGUUGAUUCUUUAUUUUUUCCUAUUCAAUUUUUUUUCCAUGAAAUUCUUUCCUUCUCCCUUUCUUUCUUUAAUAAAAAACUAGAUAGAAGGUUGGGUUCGGGGUUUUUUAAUUUUUGUCAUCUAUAGAGAGGAUUUUUUUAAAAAAGAAAGGCCAAAAAAAAAUAUGGGGAUUUUUUGUUUAUUUUCAGAUCAUCAAAACACACACAAUCAUCCAUCCAUCCAUUCAUUACCCUUCCCGCUAAAUAAGAACAUAUAUUGAUUUAUAAGGAUAAAGAACAUAUCUCACUGGGCAGAAAUAUAGUUACAUAUAAUUUGAGCUGCUUGCUUCUACUUUUUGAAUGAAGGUCUGGUCAUUAUUGCUAACAUAGCCUAAGUGAUUGAUUAAGUCCAUAAUUCGAGGGGGGCCCGACUUGCGGAUUGCUAACCUACUUAUUAGUACUACUGCUGUCUGGUUUC